AAUAUUAUGAUAUCCAUUGCGAAGGUUCUCAAGUACAUGUUCGUAUAUCUUACACGUACACAAACGGCGUGCCUUGCUGGCAACUCCACCCUCUCAAAUCAAUACAUCUGGCAAAUACAAAGACUGGUGAAUGGCGCUUGGAGUUGGAGGUGACCGAUUUAGUACAAGAACCAGCGCAAACGAAGAAAAGAGCAGAAAAUUGAAGAAAUGAAAAUGAAGGGAGAAACUGUUACACUGAUUCUGGUGAACCUGGCAGGGAUAAUGGAGAGAGCAGAUGAGUCAUUGCUACCAGGUGUGUACAAGGAAGUUGGUGCAGCACUUCACACUGACCCAACUGGCCUUGGCUCACUCACUCUUUUCCGAUCCAUUGUGCAGUCCUCUUGCUACCCCUUAGCUGCCUACCUCGCCGUCCGCCACAACCGCGCCCAUGUCAUUGCUAUCGGCGCUUUUCUUUGGGCCGCUGCCACCUUUCUUGUUGCGUUCUCCUCUACUUUCCUUCAGAUAGCUGUAUCGCGAGCAUUGAAUGGGAUUGGCCUUGCAUUAGUAGCACCUGCAAUUCAGUCCCUUGUGGCCGAUUCAACAGAUGAUAGCAAUCGUGGAAUGGCUUUUGGAUGGCUUCAGCUAACAGGCAAUCUUGGUUCCCUUAUUGGUGGACUCUUCUCUGUAAUGAUAGCUCCGAUAACGUUCAUUGGUAUCCCAGGUUGGAGGAUUUCCUUCCAUAUUGUUGGACUGAUAAGCAUUGUAGUAGGUACUGCAGUCUACCUAUUUGCCAACGAUCCACACUUCUCCAAGGAUGUGGAAAAUGUGAGCAAUCAAGUUCCAAGUAAAACGUUUUGGUCAGACGUGAAAGAUCUUGUUGAAGAAGGCAAAUCAGUUUCUAAGAUUCGGUCUUUCCAGAUUAUUGUUACACAGGGUAUCACUGGUUCCUUUCCAUGGUCAGCUUUGUCAUUUGCACCAAUGUGGUUAGAGCUUACCGGUUUCUCCCACGAGAAAACUGCUUUCCUCAUAGCUUUAUUUGUGAUUGCUAGCUCAGUUGGGGGUUUGUUUGGAGGUAAGAUGGGGGAUAUCCUUUCCAUGCGCCUUCCCAAUUCUGGGAGGAUAAUUCUAGCACAGAUAAGCUCUGCAUCAGCAAUUCCUUUAGCAGCAAUCCUUUUGCUUGGAUUACCGGCUGAUCCAUCUACAGCAAUACUUCAUGGCUUGGUUUUGAUAAUCAUGGGGCUCUUCAUAUCUUGGAAUGCUCCAGCUGCAAAUAAUCCAAUUUUUGCAGAGAUAGUUCCGGAGAGAUCCCGAACAAGUGUGUACGCACUUGACCGUUCUUUGGAGUCUAUACUAUCAUCUUUUGCACCCCCUGCAGUGGGGAUUUUGUCUCAACAUGUUUAUGGAUAUAAGCCCAUCCCUGAAGGAUCUAGUGAAUCUCAAGAGAUUUUAACAGAUAGAGAGAAUGCAGCAUCAUUGGCCAAGUCGCUUUACAUGGCAAUAGGAAUUCCGAUGGCUCUCUGCUGUUUGAUCUACUCGUUCCUUUACAGGACCUACCCAAGGGACAAGGAAAGAGCUCGGAUGGAGGUGUUAAUAGAGUCGGAGAUGCAGCGAAUUGAUUCAGAUGGUGCAGCAAUGAUUGAACCAGAAGAACUGUUUAUUGGGGAUUAUGAUGGUGAUGGUGAUGGUGUUGAUCGUGAUGAAGAUGAAGAAAACAUAUUGCUCUACCGGCAGUCCACAUUUUCAAACUUCCAACUUAGGUAAAUAGUUACUCAGAUAAAAAGACAUAUAGAAAAGGUGGAUACUUCAAUGAUGUCUUCGUAUGAAGAUCACAUUGUGAACCAUGAGAUAGUUCAGUCAAACAUGUCAAUCCAUCUAACAGUUCACAACGUGAUUUUCAUGGGAAACAUCAUCAUUGAAGUAUCCACCAACAGAAAAUUCAGCAGCUCUUUACUCAGUUUCCUUGGAUCCAGAGAUUGUGUUUCAGUUGUUUUCACUGGUGGGUAGUUUUCCAAAACUGAACCUGAUUUUUUUUACCGUCCGAUCCUUUUGAGGAAAGAACUUCCCCUUUUGUAACUAAUUGGAUACAAUGAAUGUAAAUUUUUAUUUUCUUGCAACACAAUAGCAAGUACUAAAGAUGAUUGGAAGAGUGGCUGAGAAACGAUCCAAAUCUCUACGAGUAUUUGUUUGAGUUUGAAUCCCGCCGCUGACAUAAGGAUUAUCUUGGUGGAUAAUUUGAAGUACUUUUAUAAACACUCUUAAGAGCAUAGAGGCAUAUCCUUAUUUUAGCUGAAUAACCGAGGUAGAAUACAUUUAAAUCCUUUUGAGAUAAGAAAAAUCACUAACAGGUAGUGGAUGAGGGGGCAUGGUUGACGGAGAUCAGCACACCACAUAUCAAACUUGACACCGUUGCAGAACAGAUUGAAGACAUUCUAGCAGUGACUCCAUGCUGCCAUGGCCAUGGUAGUGCGAAUGUUGGUAAUUGAAGUAAAACCUUAUCAACUAACUAUAAGUAAGUUGACCCUAAAAAUUCAUGUAGAAUAUAUAUCAAGUUCGCCAUAGUUAACCCAAGACGCACAAAUUCUUGUAUUGGUGAAUUUAAGUUGGUCAAAUGGCUAAUUUGAGGAGGAUGAUAACCUUUUUGUUUAUGUAAUAUGCACAAUAGUUACAAAUUUAUGGGUAGGAUGUGUGAUGUAGAGAAUAAUUUGGAGAAAAAAUGGUUAUAUUGGUGUA